AUGAACACAAGUGUUCGAGCUGCUCUUUCUUCCAUGAAAGCUCCUUCAAAGCAUGACACUAAUCAUAACCAAGAGGAGAAGAAGAAGAAGAUGGAGUCUCAAGGCAAUGGAGCUGUUGCUAAUUCAGGAAAGUCUCUGGCUAAUCGUCGCCGAGCUAACAGAGAAAGGAAAACAGAUUUGCUACAAGAUGUUGAUAAGCUAAAGAGGAAGCUGAGACAGGAAGAGAAUGUGCAUAGAGCAUUGGAGAGAGCUUUCACUAGACCUUUAGGAGCUUUGCCUCGUCUUCCUUCUUACCUCCCUCGAUAUACAUUGGAGCUUCUUGCUGAAGUAGCUGUUCUUGAAGAGGAAGUUGUUCGGUUAGAAGAGCAGGUUGUAAGCUUUAGACAAGGUCUAUACCAAGAAGCUGUUUACAUUUCUUCAAAGAGGAAUCUUGAGAGUCCUAAUAGCAAUGGUGUGAGCGAGAAUUCUCCGGUUAGAAGCAGUAAACACCAGAGAUCGAAAUCAAUGUCGCAGCACGAGUUCAAUUCUCUGAUCACUCCUCCUAAGAAGCAUCAACAGAGUCUUAGUCUUAGCAGAAGCAUCUCAAGUAGGAAACUCUUCUCCUCCUCUGACCAAACAGUUAAUGAGAAAAGUGGACAGAGAGUUGUAAAUGGCAAACAAGCGUCGCCUAAAUCGAAUCUCAGCAGUGUUACUACUAAGACAGUAGAUGUGAGGGGUAAAGAGAAUCAGACAUCUAGUAAUGGUUUCAAAGAUAAGAAGGAUAAAGAGUCACCUGAGAGGAAGCUUGGCAGGUUCUUGACAUCUGUAAAGAAGAAGAAACCUUUGGAUAAGCCGGAUGCAGCAGAGGAGAAAUGCUCAGAAUCAAUCAGUGAUAGAUUAGGAGAUCAGGACAAAGCACAGGAGAGUGUGUCUGGAUCAUCUUCAGAAGACAAAUCAGUGCAAAGUGGGAAUGCAGCAAACAGAGUUUCAGAGGAUUUACUGAAAUGUUUAGUGAGUAUUAUCUUGAGGAUUAGCUCUUCCAAGGAGACUGUGUUGGAUCCAUAUAGUAACUGUUCAGAAUGGAAAACAAGAGAGCUUGGUGCGUAUAAGAAUCUUUCCUCUGUCGAUGCAUCUUCGAUUGAUCUUGGAAGAAGAAUCAAUGCUUCCUUUCUGAUCCAUCGUCUCAAGUUCUUGCUUAAUAAGCUUUCCGUUGUAAAUCUAGAGGGUCUUAGCCACCAGCAGAAGCUUGCAUUCUGGAUCAAUACUUACAAUUCUUGUGUGAUGAAUGCAUUCUUGGAGCACGGAAUUCCUGGGACACCUGAAAUGGUUGUAGCCCUGAUGCAAAAGGCAACAAUAAUUGUAGGAGGACACUCGCUAAAUGCAAUCACAAUUGAACAUUUCAUCUUGAGACUUCCAUAUCACUUGAAAUUCACAUGUCCCAAAACUGCAACACAUGAAGAGAUGAGAGCUCAUAGCACAUUUGGACUGGAAUGGUCAGAGCCUUUGGUCACUUUCGCUCUCGCCUGUGGAAGCUGGUCCUCUCCCGCUGUGAGGGUUUACACAGCAGCUAAUGUAGAGGAAGAGCUAGAAGCUGCAAAGAGAGAUUAUCUUCAAGCAUCAGUUGGGAUCUCAAAGAAGAACAAACUAAUGCUUCCAAAGGUAUUAGAUUGGUAUUUACUAGACUUUGCCAAGGAUUUGGAAUCGUUGCUGGAUUGGGUUUGCCUUCAGCUGCCUGAUAAACUAAGAGAAGAAGCGGUCAAGUGUACGGACAGAAAGAACAAAGAAUCACUCAUGGAGUUGGUACAAGUAGUACCAUAUGACUUCAGUUUCAGGUUGCUUUUGCAACAAUGA